UACACAGCUGCAUCCGGUCGCAGUCAUUCACGUUUGUUACUGAAAUUGGGGUUCUUUCCCCACAAACCUACCUCACAGCUUAAACCUCACCCAGUGAGUCAGGUUCAUUUAUGUAGGUUACAGUGUCGUAUGUUUAGAAGUGGUAAUUUUAUCAAAAAUAGUUAAAGAAAAAGACAAGCUAGGAAAACAAACGUCAUGAACGUGUGACUAAAGUGAACCGGACCUGGUGUCAAACUACCCAGUGAGUUCUAUUAAAUAGUUUUGUUGUGUACCAUGGUGCCACUAAAACGAAGAAAAACUCUCCCCUCGGAUGCUGGGAAUACUGUGAGUGACAGCAGUGGACAUAAGGUACCAAACAAGUUCUCUCAAGUUGUUUUGUUCUUGUUGGAAAGAAAAAUGGGAGCCAGCCGAAAAUUUUUCCUCUCUCAACUCGGACGAAAUAAAGGCUUUCAGGUGGAGGACGUGUUCAGUGAAAGUGUCACACAUGUUAUUUCUGAGAAUAACUGUGGAACUGAGGUCAGGACGUGGCUAAAGUCUCAGGGAAGGGGUCAAAGCCUUAGAGUUCACCUCCUGGACGUCAGCUGGUACACAGAGAGCAUGCGUGCAGGUUAUCCUGUGGAGAUAACACACAGACAUAAACUACAGGAGCAGCAGAUCAGUGAAGCAGAGGUUGCUUUGUUCUCAGUAUCCAGCUAUGCCUGUCAGAGACGAACCACUCUGGACAACCAUAACAGCAACUUGACUGAUGCCUUGUCGCUUUUAGCUGAAAACGCUGAGCUCAAUAAUGAGGAUGGACGAGGCGUUGCCUUUCGACGAGCUGCUGCCUUGUUGAAGGCGCUCCCCACACAGGUGAUAAGCAUGUCACAGCUCAGGGGUCUGCCUUGUCUUGGAGAACACUCACUUAGAGUUAUAAAAGAUGUUUUGGAGAAUGGAGUGUCAAGUGAGGUUGAAUCUACCAAGCAGUCAAAGCGGUACAAAGCACUAAAGAUUUUGACUGGUAUUUUUGGAGUUGGAGCCAAAACUGCUGACCGAUGGAUUAGAGCGGGAAUAUACAACCUUGAGCAGUUACGACAUUCAGGACAAACACUUAAUCGAGCACAAAAAGCAGGUCUGGAGCACUACGAUGACCUCAACGAGCCGGUCACUAAAGCAGAAGCGGAUGCCAUCGGGGAGAUUGUGCAGAAAGCCGUCGAUUCUGUGCUAACAGGAUCACAGGUUGCUCUGAGCGGAGGAUUCAGGAGAGGGAAGCUGACGGGCCACGAUGUUGACUUUCUGAUAACGCACCCAGAGGAAGGCAAAGAGGUGGGACUGAUGCCUAAAGUGGUCGCCUGGUUGGAAUCACAGGGAUUUCUGUUGUACCAGAAAACUACCAGAAACUCAUACCUAGAGUCGAAGGAUGGCCCUGCUCGGCCUGCCUCCAACAUGGACCGCUUUGAAAGGUGUUUCUCCAUCUUUAAACUGACCAAAGGGAAGGAACAAGAAAGCACGCAGCCAGAGGAGCAAAAUGAUCUGAAAAUCAAGGACGUUCUCAGACCUCACAUGCAGGCAGACACAGAUCAACAAUUACGUGAGCUCAGUAAGAAUUACCAGAUGGAAGCUGCAUCACACAAAAUAUGGAGAGCUGUGAGGGUGGACCUGGUGGUCUCUCCGAUCAGCCAAUUUGCUUUUGCUGUGCUGGGCUGGACCGGAUCCAAGUUGUUUGAGAGGGAGCUGCGACGUUGGGCUGGGCACGAGAAGAACAUGUCUCUGAGCAGUCACGCCCUAUUUGAUAAUACACAGAAUAAAUAUCUGAGAGCUACAUCAGAGGAGGAGAUAUUUGCUUAUCUUGGUCUGGAGUACAUCCCUCCAUCAGAGAGAAAUGCUUGAAGUGGCCUGAUCAGCUGCUAGACUGCAAGAGCUGGAGGGCAGAAUAAAUGCUUCUGUUGGAAGGGCGGCAUCAUGGCAUGGAGUUGCUGUGUAACUACUAAAGAAAUAUUAUAUGAUUGAACUCAACGAUGACACCCACUCAGCUGACUGAAAUCUUCUUAUUGCAUGAAUACAGAAUUUUAUUUAUUAAUGAAAUCCACU